AAUAGUUAUUCAGACAUGUAUAAGAAAGUUUACAGGAGUUCUUCAGACAACAGAAAUUGCAUAUUCAGUUCAAAUGGAACUAACUGCUAUUGGAAAAAGCAUUCAGUCAUCGAUUCAACAACAAGCUUCACUCUUAAUUAGAAGUAGUUCUACCCAUACAGAAUCCAUAAAGGAAGACGAUGAAGAACAUGAGUUGCUGUGGGCUGCAAUUGAGAGACUGCCUACUUUCAGACGGGUCAGGACUUCAUUGUUCAGUGAUGACCAUGAUGACGGAGAUGGUACAGGAGAAUUUGAAGGGAAGAGGAUGGUUGAUGUUACCAAGCUUGAAGAUCUCGAAAGGCGGAUGUUUGUUGAAAAGCUCAUCAAGCACAUUGAGCAUGAUAAUCUCCGAUUGCUGCAGAAACUGAGAGAGAGAAUUGACAGAGUAAACGUGAAAUUACCAACUGUGGAAGUGAGGUACAAGAACCUGUCUGUGGAAGCAGAGUGUGAGGUAGUUGAAGGGAAGCCCCUCCCUACACUAUGGAACUCUUUCACAAGCAUGUUAUCUGUUUUUACCAAGUUGGUCCAGUGCAAAUCUCAAGAGGCGAAGAUAAGCAUUCUGAAAGAUGUCAGUGGCAUCAUCAAACCAUCCAGGUUCACCCUUCUUCUUGGUCCUCCAGGCUGCGGAAAAACCACCUUCUUAUUGGCCCUCGCAGGAAAACUAAACCAGUCUCUUAAGGUCACAGGGGAAAUCUCCUACAAUGGUUACAAGUUAAAUGAGUUUGUUCCUCAGAAAACUUCAGCUUACAUAAGCCAAUAUGACCUGCACAUUCCUGAGAUGACUGUAAGGGAAACUAUCGAUUUUUCCGCACGCUGUCAGGGUGUUGGAAGCAGAGCAGAAAUUAUGAUGGAAGUCAGUAAAAGAGAAAAAGAAGCAGGAAUUGUACCUGAUCCUGAUAUUGACACAUACAUGAAGGCAAUUUCAGUUGAGGGACAAAAGAGAACUCUUCAGACAGAUUAUGUUCUCAAGAUUCUUGGGCUGGAUAUAUGUGCUGACAUAAUGGUUGGAGAUGCAAUGAGAAGAGGCAUUUCAGGUGGCCAGAAGAAAAGACUGACAACAGGGGAGAUGAUUGUUGGACCAACAAAUACUCUAUUUAUGGAUGAAAUCUCUACUGGAUUAGACAGUUCCACAACUUUUCAGAUAGUUACCUGUCUCCAGCAGUUGGCUCAUAUCACAGAAGCAACUGUGUUGGUUACACUUCUUCAGCCAGCACCCGAAACUUUUGAUCUAUUUGAUGAUCUAAUACUAAUGGCAGAAGGGAAGAUCGUUUACCAUGGCCCUCGCAGUCAUGUUCUUCAAUUUUUUGAGCAUUGUGGAUUCAAAUGCCCAGAAAGAAAGGGUGCUGCAGACUUCCUCCAGGAGGUAAUCUCCAAAAAGGACCAAGAACAGUACUGGUGCCGGUCUGACCCCUAUAGGUAUGUUUCAGUGGAUCAAUUGUCUGAGAUGUUUAAAGCAAGUCCUCUUGGAAGGAAGCUAGAUGAGGAACUUGCAGAGCCAUAUGACAAAUCCCAGAGCCACAAAGAUGCUAUAUCAUUUAGCAAGUACUCCUUGAGCAAAUGGGAAUUAUUCAAAGCUUGCACAGCAAGAGAGCUGCUCCUCAUGAAGAGGAACUCAUUUGUAUAUGUGUUCAAAACAACACAGCUUGUCAUCGUUGCACUCAUGACAAUGACGGUAUUUAUACGCACUCGGAUGGCUGUAGACUUGCAACAUUCAAAUUAUUUUCUGGGUUCUCUGUUUUAUACACUUAUCAGACUUAUGACCAAUGGAGUUGCAGAGCUGUUCUUGACUAUUUCUACACUUCCAGUGUUCUACAAACAAAAAGAAGGGUACCUAUACCCUGUAUGGGCAUAUUCCAUUCCGACAUCAAUCCUAAAGACCCCAUAUUCCCUUGUUGAAUCCAUUCUUUGGACAUCAAUUACUUACUAUACCAUUGGAUAUAGCCCUGAAGCCAAAAGGUUUUUCUGUCAGUUCCUUCUGCUAUUUGCCUUACAUCAAGGAUCAACAUCGCUAUGCCGGUUCUUGGCCUCAGCUUUCCAAACUCUGAUUACUGCAUCAACGGUUGGUUCUCUGGUUUUGGUAGGCAUGUACUUGUUUGGAGGCUUCAUUGUACCACGACCCUCUUUACCACCAUGGUUGAGAUGGGCAUUCUGGGUUUCUCCAUUGACAUAUGGGGAGAUAGGGAUAUCAAUAAACGAAUUCCUUGCCCCACGCUGGCAAAAGGUUUAUGCAGGAAACACAACUAUAGGGAGGAGAGUCUUGGAGAGUCAUGGCUUGAACUUUCCUAGCCACUUCUACUGGAUAUGCUUAGCAGCGUUGUUUGGUUUCACCAUACUUUUCAAUAUUGGGUUUGUCUUGGCCUUGACUUACUUCAAGUCCCCAGGGCCGUCUCGAGCGAUUAUUUCUAAAAAGAAGUUGUCUCAACUACAAGGAAGUGAAGAUUGUCACAGUAGUUCAUGUCUAGACAAUGAUUCCACCCUAUCAGCCUCUUCCAAACCGAUUGCAGAAACAAGAAAAACUGGGAAGAUGGUGCUGCCAUUUGAGCCACUGACAGUUGCAUUUAAGGAUGUGCAGUACUUCGUUGAUACCCCUCCAGAAAUGAGAGCAAAAGGGGUCACAGAGAGGAAACUUCAGCUGCUUCAUGAUAUUACAGGAUCAUUUAAGCCUGGAGUCCUUACAGCUUUAAUGGGAGUUAGUGGAGCUGGGAAAACAACUCUCAUGGAUGUUCUUUCUGGAAGGAAAACUACAGGAACUAUUGAAGGAGACAUAAGAAUUGGAGGGUAUCCCAAAGUCCAAAAGACAUUUGCCAGAAUAUCAGGCUACUGUGAGCAGUAUGAUAUACAUUCUCCACAUGUUACUGUGGAAGAAUCAUUAAUAUACUCAGCUUGGUUGCGAUUACCUCCAGAGAUUGAUUCAGAAACAAAAUAUAGAUUUGUUGAAGAAGUCAUUGAAACAAUUGAGCUCAAUGAUAUCAAAGAUUCUUUAGUUGGUAUGCCUGGUCAGAGUGGUCUAUCUACGGAGCAGCGAAAAAGGCUAACAAUUGCAGUGGAGCUUGUUUCUAAUCCAUCAAUAAUUUUCAUGGAUGAACCCACAUCGGGUUUAGAUGCCAGAGCAGCUGCAAUUGUCAUGCGUGCGGUGAAGAACGUCGUUGCUACAGGAAGGACAACUGUCUGCACCAUCCACCAGCCAAGCAUCGACAUUUUUGAAGCAUUUGAUGAGUUGAUUCUAAUGAAAAGGGGAGGACAAAUCAUCUAUACUGGUCUGCUGGGUUAUCAUUCAAGUGAACUUAUUGGAUAUUUCGAGGGUAUUUCUGGAUUGCCAAAGAUUAAAGACAACUACAAUCCAGCAACAUGGAUGUUGGAAGUUACUUCAGCAUCAGUGGAAGCAGAACUCGGCUUAGAUUUUUCCAAAAUCUAUAAGGAAUCAUCCCUUUACCAGGUCACAAUAGAGCUGGUAAAUCAGUUAAGCAAACCCCCACCAGAUUCAAGAGACUUGAAUUUUCCUAAUCGUUUUCCACAAAAUGGUUGGGAACAGUUCAUGGCAUGCCUAUGGAAACUACAUUUGUCCUACUGGAGGAGUCCUGAAUACAACUUCGUUCGUUUCCUGUUUAUGAUUCUUGCUGCAUUUCUUUUCGGCGCCACCUUUUGGCAGAAAGGACAGAAAAUAGACAAUGCGCAGGAUUUGUUCAACAUACUUGGAUCAAUGUAUCUUGCUGUCAUAUUCUUGGGCAUAAACAACUGUUCAACAGUUCUUCCCCAUGUUGCCACUGAGCGCACCGUUGUGUAUCGGGAGAAAUUCGCCGGAAUGUACUCUUCAAGGGCUUAUUCAUUUGCACAGGUGGCCAUAGAAGUGCCUUAUAUUUUACUGCAAGCCAUUUUGUAUGUGGCCAUUACAUAUCCUAUGAUAGGAUACUACUGGUCACCUUACAAGGUCUUUUGGUACUUCUACGCAACAUUCUGUACAUUUCUGUACUUCGUAUACCUUGGGAUGCUGAUAGUUUCACUGAGCCCAAAUUCUCAAGUGGCUUCCAUAUUAGCAACGGCAGCAUACACGAUACUGAAUCUUUUCUCAGGCUUCCUUAUGCCAGGACCGAAAAUUCCAAAGUGGUGGAUUUGGUGCUACUGGAUUUGUCCUACAUCCUGGUCCCUCAAUGGCCUCUUGACUUCACAAUAUGGAGACAUGAAGAAAGAGAUACUGAUAUUUGGGGAGCUUAAACCAGUUAGUUCCUUCCUGAAAGAUUAUUUUGGUUUUCAACAUGACCAUUUAGGCCUUGUGGCUGUUGCUCUUCUUGUUUUCCCAGUUGUUUUUGCAUCUCUUUUUGCAUAUUUCAUCGACAAAUUAAAUUUUCAAAGGAGGUGAAAGGAUGAACACAGGUUGCUGUCUCAUAUUUAGCAACAAGAUCCUUAUUCCAAAAUCUAGAACUUCUUCAUCAGAAUACAGAUGACUUGCAUGUAUAUGUAUAUGUACAUGCAAAAAGAGACAGUAUGUAUAUGUAUAUGUAUCAAAGCAUGGUUAUGGAAAUUAAAACAACACUCUGCGGUUGGUAGAAAAUAAUGCUUCUGGGAUUCUUAAGCCAAA